CGAUGACGUAGUACGCGUACUAAGGACGCUUUCGGCAAGUUUCUUCCUGUUUCAUUGAACUUUCAUGAAAUUAGUCGCCAACACAAAAAUCGUCAAAGACUCUGAAGCGGCUGUUUAUAUGGACUAGCCCACCGCAGGUACCUGCUCACAGGUGCUCGUCACAUUGCCUGGAUACAAGACGAGUAGUAUGGCUGGUACAGGAGAAUACAGCAGUGAGGCAAUGAUGCAGAAAGCUUCACACAUCUGGAGCAUGCUAGACGAUAUGGCUGAUAGCGACCCUAGUGGGUACAAGAAGUUUAUCGACAAACAGAUGAUGGAGAGGAAAGAAUUCAUGUCCCCACCAGAACCCCACAUGUGUGUCCAGACAUGGAUGACGAAACCUGACAAUGUUGCUUUCUACAUCAACUUCUGCACAUGGAAAAGAAUUCCUGAGCCUGCAAACUCGGAGGAGCCAGUUAAAGUUGCGGGAAGUGCAGUCAGCCAGAUCAGUGAUGAUAGAGGAAAAGCAGCAGUAACUGCAGUUGCCUUCAACCAGAAAGUCUUGGAUGAGUUUGGGCGUGAUCCAGUUAGGAAAUCUGACCAGGACAUCCUUAUACAGAUAGCCAUGGACUUCAUUGAGAAGCAACAUUCACACAUCAAAUUGAACAGAAAAUAUAAAGUUUUGGACAGAACUCAUAAAGGCAGUGUUAAAAUGAUUCAGGAGAGUUUAUCUCAAGCUUUUAGGACCAAAGAUAAGGACAUUGAUGAAAACUUGGCAAACAUGGUUAAAAGCUUUGCUCCGCUGGCUACGGAAAGCCCAGAAACUCUUAUAGGUCAGCUUCAUAAGGAAGAAAGUUCCGAGAACAAUUUAACGACUGAACAUAGUUUCAAUGAAAAUCUCUCUGGAAUAAAAUUAAACACUCAACCUGUUAAGAAAGGUUUAAUAGAGGAAGUAACAAGUAAUGGCAGUGACGCCUCCCUUCCUGAGCCCGUAUAUAAAUUGGAAACAUCAAGUGCUGGCGAUAGUUUGACAUUAAGGCUUGAACUGCCUGGUGUAAAGUCAGUGACUGAAUGUGAACUAGAUAUCUCUAAGGAUGAUGUUUCACUCCUAGUUGAAGAUAAAUAUGAGUUGAAAUUAUCACUUCCACGCACUGUAGAUGACGCCAGGGCUUCAGCAAAGUUCAUCAAGAAAACUUCAACACUGACUUUGCAAAUGCCAUUUUAAAUGUUCUUAGCAAAUAAAUUUCAUGUCCUA